UCACAUGGAAGUUGGCAGCACUUCAAUAACACACACGUCUUCGCGCGAGAUUGAGGACAACAAACGUCGACAGUUUAUGGAUUUUCGCUUUAUUUUUCUGAUAGUAAAUGAAGUACGUUAAAUUUUUGCCCAUCAUUUGAACUCAGAGUCGAAAAAUGAAUAUUGUCGACGCUCUCAACGUACGGGAACAAGGAAAAAGAACUUGGUCUGACUACAGGAUUGCACUCAGACGUUUGAAGUGCCAUGAUUAUGAUGAGUUCCGAGGAAUAGUACCGAGCACAGAAGGCCCAGAUUUCAACCCAGAACCUCCAGUGUUUGCUUGUACGUUUUGUACCACUCCUAAAAAUGAGCACUUGCUGGCCUUGGCCAACGAAGAUGGUAAAAUCGCUCUCCAAAACACAAAUCUACGCAGUGAUCACAACCCAUUUGAAGGUCACCAAGCCCAUCACAAUGCCAUAUUUGACAUUGCAUGGGCACCAGGAGAAAUGAAGUUGGUCAGUGCCUCAGGAGAUCACACUGCCGUUUUGUGGGAUGUGCAAGAAUCAGGUAACUUUCAAGAAGUUGCCCGAUUCCAUGCGCACACAAGAAGCGUCAAAACGGUUGCUUUCCCCCAUGAUGAUAAGAUGAUGUUUGCUACUGGUGCAAGAGAUGGAGUCAUCAUGCUUUGGGAUACUCGGAUUCAAAGGAAUCAACUUGCUAUUCGGCCUGACAAUUUCAUCAGUAACUCGCACAGUGCCCCUGGAACUCCUGGAAAUACAUCAGGAGGUCGCAAUCGCAGGACUAAACCAACACCUUCUCGAGCUAGCAGUAUAACUGGACUUGCUUUUCAGGAUGCUCACAGUCUCAUAUCCUGUGGGGCUGGUGAUGGAAAAGUGAAAGUGUGGGACAUCAGGAAAAGCUAUUCAACUUAUCGACGUGAGCCACAACCACAAUAUUCAAUGUCAACCCCUAAUGGGUCUGGCAGAAGCGGUUUUACAUGUUUAGCUCUAGACCCAAGUAGACUCAAGUUGUAUGCAUCAUGUAUGGACAACACAAUUUAUUGUUACAAUGUUUCUACUUAUGAAGAACAACCUGUGUCCUUAUUCAAAGGCCAUAAAAAUAGCACAUUUUAUGUCAAAGCAUGUCUCAGUCCAGAUGGACGAUACCUGCUGAGUGGUUCCAGUGAUGAGCAUGCCUACAUUUGGGACACCAGCAGCAAGAAGGGUGAAGUUUACUUGCCUAUUGUGAAACUUGUUGGCCACAAUGCUGAAGUUACAAGUGUUGCUUGGUGCCCCAUAGGAGAAGUAAAGAUUGUGACCUGCUCAGACGAUGCGAGGCAUUGCAUGUGGAGGGUGGGUCAAGAGUUCAGAGGAGACAACCACCAAGUCGAACUGCACGGCUGGGCCGAGGACUUUGCUGAUGGCCGUUCGGAGGCGGACCCUUCCACUCCAGCCACCCCAAUCACGCCCAGCUUCACGUCGUGGCGUCGGUGGACUCCGUGUGUCCAAAGGACUCCCGACAACGAGGUGGAGCAGCCCAGUGCGCCUUGCACCCAGUGCCAUCGCCUGUCCACUCCCUGCUUGCGCUGCAUCGCCACCAGAGCGCCCUUACCUCUCUCUGCUCCCCACGGCUCCAAGAAGCGUCUGGAAGUUUUGUGGGAGGAGGAUAGCAGCUGUCCGGAGUGUGUGAAGGAGGCCCGUCCCAUUUUAAACCAAGUUCCUGACAAUGUAGCUGGACCAGGCCGUGGUGCCCGGCGUUUGUUUAGCCCGGCUAGAAAGCACUCCGCCGAUGAGGUUGACUUGGCUGAUACACUAGGUCAAAGUCCCUCGAAGAAGCCCCACAUGGAACCAAUUGGUUCCCUGAAGAGACCGCACCCAGAUGAUGCUGCCUCUUCAUCGUGUCCAUCAAGCCCAAAGAAGCACUGCACGUUGCUGGAUACUGCUACCGCCAGAAGAACUAGUCCCAGGAAGAGAUGUCACCCUUCUGAAAUGAUGAGCCCCCAGAAAAAAUUUAAAGUCAAUGAGAACGCAAGCUGUUCUAAGGAUGAAACAUCAGCUGUCGGAAGUGGAGUGACAGCGGAAGCAUCCCAUCAAGUGUCUUCAUUUUGCAGUCCCAAAAAAGAUAAGAAAACUUCGUCUGUGGAGGAUCAAAAUGUUCUACCAGGGUCAAGUUCUUCACCCAGGAAACCCCUUGACACCCCAUCUAAAAGGAGGAUCAGUGAUAGACGAACUGACAGUCCUCAUAAGAGACUCCCGCAUAAUGAUGACUUGCAGGGUAUUGGGAAAAUAGAGGAUGCUGUCAGUCAAACUACGCAAAUUGUACCAAAAAAGCUUUGUGCCCGUCACAGUAGGAUGGGUUUCAACUCUCCGACAUUGAACUUGCCCAACUAUGUUCUGGAUGGUACUUCACCGCAUCACAGGUGUUCGCCAGGUGUCCACCAUAAGGAAAAUGUGGACUGGCUUACCAGACUUCGCAGAGAGAGGAAUUCCACUGACAAGAAAGAGCCUGAGAGUGCCUCAGAUCAGGAUGCCGUUGUACAUUCAUCAAAUUCAAGAAGAACCCCCAGCCAGACCACUCCUGGCAAGGGAGCCCCAAGUAGAGCCACACCAGCAAGAGCGUCCUUGAGCCGAGUGACUCCUGCAAAGAGUUCAAGCCGAACAACACCUGGGAAAGGUUCUUCCAGCCGCAUGGCCCCAGUCACACCCGGCUCUUCUCAAAGUGCAUCGACUCAGACCAAUAGAAAAACACCUUCUAGGCGUUCAUCUAAUUCUGAUCCUUCUGCAAGUGGCAGCAGCUCUAAUGGAGCAUCAACAAGUUUGCUUAAAUUUUUCCGUGUCUCAGAUAAAUCAAAAGAACAGCAGUGUUCCCGUGUCAACCCACCAGCCAAACCUUUUACCUCUGUUGUUUCCUAGAAAACUCCAGACACAUCCUUUUAGCAUUUGUUGUUGUAUUUUGGAGCAUAGAUUUUGAUUUUACCAAAGGUCCUGUUGGGAACUUGUAUGUUGUUUUCCUUUUUUAAGAAAUUAUUCGACUUUUUGUAAAGUUUGCCACCUCUUGCUAAUGCUGUUGUUAAACAUAUGUACAUUUUGUGACUUUGCCCAACCUCUUUUACAUGAUUGACAUUGUUUUUUUGUUUUUCUUCAACUAUUUCAAUCUCUUUUAUUUUUCAACCGUUUUAGUUUUUUCCUCUGUAAUGAUCUCAAGUUUAAGUGGUACCCAUAUUAAUUUUUUUAUGGGAUUCAAAGAUUCUAUUUUAUAUUUGGCGGGACUGCACAAGUCUUGCCUGAGUUCUCUUAGCAAUCAACCUGGAGUGUUAGUCCGUUGUUGGAAUUGCUUGUAGGAAACCACUGUUUGAGACUCUAGGGAUUGAGUGAAAGAUCUGCUUGUGAGGAAUGUCUCAGAUUUUGUGUACAUUAUGCUAUAUUUUUGUUUGUUUCUGAAUAUUUUAAUUGAAUUGAUACCAGUGUACUUGUAAGUUUUGGUGACUCGGAGGAAGAAUAUUUUAACCAUUACUGGUGUUAAUAAGUUACAUGUUACUGAAUCUUGUCUGUGUUAUUUUUAUGAAGUGUCUUUUUAUGUUCACUGUAUGAAGAGAGAAAAAAGGUACAGCCAGCACAGUGUUAAAAAAAAUACUUCACUAGUUGAAUUUCAAAAUGCCAAUUUAAUUUAAGACUUAGUAUCUUACUUGGCUUUUUACAAGUGCUGUAACAUCAGUGAAUGAUACAGUACAAUCCGAUAAUCGUCUCUGCGGUCACUUGUUUUCUAUUGAUCUGAUGGUACCCUACUUGUAAAAUGACAUAUUUAACUAUAGGAGCAAAAUGUGACUAUAUUGUUAUGAACAAUUAAAAGGUGAUUAUUUAAAUUGUA